GGUACAAUAUGGUGUUUACACCGUUUACCGGAGUUGAUAACCAUAAAAAAUGUGUUACUUUUGGAGCUGGUUUGUUGCUUAAAGAGGAUGUGGAGUCUUACAUUUGGGUGUUUCGUUGUUUUCUUGAUGCCGUGGGUCGUGAGCCAAGUUGCAUCAUCACGGACCAAGACCCGUCUAUGCGGAUUGCAAUUGAAAAGGACGUCAAGCAAGGCAAGAUCCCAGAUAGGUAUGUUUGCAGUCGUUGGUGCAGGAUUGCUCUUGUUCAACCAAUGUAUGAGCUUGAAGGGGGUUUGAUCGAGCAAUGUGUUGAGACUGAUGAAAAGAACAUGUCCAUGAAUCAACUUUGGUCUGAGAUUUACUCGUGUAUUUCUAUAGUCGAAGAUCAGCCAGUCCUUCUUCAACAAUUCGUGGAUUUACUAAAACAGCAUAAAGAAAUGCUGCAGUCUUCUUCCCCAAUGAAUAAUGUCAUUCCCUCAAAACAGGACAUGUUUGCAUCGUUUUUGGGCUCUACUGCACCAACCAAUGUCACUGUUCUACCACCGCAACAGGCCAAGAACAAGGGUUCUGGUAAAAGACUGAAAGGCAAGAAAGAGCUUAUGAUUGAUGCAACAUCAAAACCUAAACGUCUUUGUAGAUCCUGCAGUGAAUUGUGUCAUCAUGAUAGUCGAAAUUGUCCGCUCAACAUGUCUUCCUAGUUUUUAUUUUUUUUAAUGCAACACUUUUACACUAUUACUUCAUUACUAUUACCAGUUUGGUUUUCAUUGUUAACAUUGUCACAUUUUGCGCAUUAGUAAA